AUUAAGCUAAACUUUAUCCACUGACGUUCUGAUCACAAAAUGAGACCAAACAAAGAUCAGAAAAGAAUAACAGCCACGAAAACGCCCCCGUCGUCUCCGCCGAGAAGACGAACCCAAACCACCACCACACCUUCAGCCUUUGUUUUGGAACGUGAACUGCUGACUGAGGAAGAAAAUGCCACUUUCUUUAAGGACGUUCAAAUUUCAUCUUCAGAUUCAAGCGCAAAUCCUAGGAGUUUCCCGUACAGCGUGAAGCAACAGUGCUGGGAAAAGGCGGAGAAGGUCAAAGGAAGAGACCCAGAUCGCUGGCGGAGAGACGCCCUUGGCAACAUUGUGUUUAGGAAGCUUGUGGGCUGUCCCGGUUGUUUGUGCCAUGAUUAUGAUCAUAUUUUGCCGUACUCCAAGGGGGGGAAGAGCACGCUGGAAAACUGCCAGGUUUUACAGGCAACGGUUAAUAGAUCAAAGGGGAAUCGGACUGAAUUAUCCAGAGCUGAGCUUAUUCAGAAAAGUUCUUAUUGCCGAGUUGCGGGUCGUGACAUGGAUCUUAUUGAACUGUCAGCCUAUGGCAAUGUUCGUCGUGGACAAGACACUGGAGGAUGUAGAAUUCAAUGAGAAGUUUCAGCUCUAAUAAAAAAUAGAUGUAAGAUGAAAAUUAUGAAAUUAAGAAUUCUUGUUUAUUCAAUUGAUUAAGCAGGUAUAUGUUUUUAGAUUUUAUGAUUUAUUUUUUUAGUUAUUUAUUGUUUUAUUAGGAUUAAGAUUUGGUUUACAUAAUAUAUAGUUUUGUUGUGGGAUUCA